AUGCGCAUCGCGCAUUCAUUUAACGUCAAUAUGGCGGCUGUAUGUGAAAGUGGUUAUUUACAAAAAUCAAGAUAAUUUAUUUGUAAUAAAAUGAUUAUUUAUUAGGUAAUUAGUAUAUUUACGUGAAUCUUUGUUUACUGGUUAAUAUUUGCUAACCAUCGUUAAUAGGUGAAUAAAAUUUACUGACAAAAUGACCAACGAAAACAUGACCAUAAAGCAAGAGGUAAUGGAAGAUGAUGACAUGGAAAUAGAUGAGGAUCUUCCCACAUUAGGCCCUGCUGCUUUAGGAUUACAAAGAGUUGGCACAGUGCCUCCCCCAAAACCCACUCCUACGCAACCCCCACAAGUCUUAAAUGCACGAGGGAUGCCAGCUAGGAUAAGAAAGAAAAAUAGACUAUUUUUUGAUGACGAUAUUGUGAAUACUCCGCACCACAGAGUUCCAAGUGCUAAGAAACAAAAAGCUACACCAUCCAAAAAGCCAACACCCGUGAAAGUGAAAUUAGAGAGGAGUGACUAUAAAACUACCCCUAAAAAGACUCCAUCUAAGGAAGUUAAGCAUGAAAGGGACUCCCCUCCGCCUGUAUUAAACUCUCCAGAUAGAAAAAUUGGUCAAAAAAUAGGACUGAGGCUUAGAAAUUUACUGAAAUUACCAAAAGCUCACAAAUGGGUAUGUUAUGAAUGGUUUUAUAGUAAUAUUGAUCGUUGUCUCUUUGAUGGAGACAAUGAUUUUACUAUAUGUUUGAAAGAAUCCUUCCCUGAUCUAAAAUUGAAAGAAUUAACUCGAGUCGAAUGGACGAAGAUUAGAAGAAUGAUGGGUAAACCUCGUAGAUGUUCUCAAGCAUUCUUCAAUGAAGAAAGACUAGAAUUGGAAAAGAAAAGAAAGAAAAUACGAGCUCUACAACAAAGAAAAGCAACUGAUAUGACUAGUUUUAAAGACUUGCCCCCAGAAGUUCCUAUGCAAUUGGUUAUAGGAACCAAGGUAACAGCAAGAUUAAGAAAACCACAAGAUGGUCUCUUUACUGGCAGUAUUGAUGCUGUCGAUACCUCAAACAAUACAUACCGUAUUACUUUUGAGAGACAAGGCUUAGGAACUCAUUCUGUACCUGAUUAUGAAGUUCUUUCAAACGAACCUCCAGAAACGAUAUCAAUAAUGAGUUUUCAAGCUACAUUUAGACCUAGAAAUAAUGUGUCCUUUUCACCUGUAUUAAAGAGUCCUGUAACAAAUAAUUUGAAAUUAAGGAAAGAUCCUUUGCUCUCAGGUUCAUUGCUCAAUACUCCUCCCUUCUUAGCAUCUUUAGAUGAGGGUAAAAUAGGCGGUUACCCUGCAAAAUUACUCGAAAAGAUGGUUUUGGUUACUAAAAUUCUGAAUGUUAAAAAACUUAAAAUAAAAAUGUUAAAAACGCUGAAUUCUGAAGCUGAAAAGCUGUUCUCGUUUGAUGAAGAUAUUCCUGACGAUUUUGAAAGGACUUAUGCAAGUGUUCUCGUCGACCUUGAAAAAUUAAACUUUGAUCUCCAAAAGUACCUUGACGAAAUGCAAAUUUACUGCAAACAGAUAGCACCAGAGCCCAGCGUAGCAGCUAUGCUCACUCCUUCGCAUUUAAGAGAAAAAUGUCGCGAGGAAGCUAAAGAUAUUGUAGAUAAGCAUAACUGUAUUAUAGCUUCGGAUAAAGAUCCUUGCCAGAAUCCUUCAAUAUUGGAUUUAAUCACAGAUCUCACAUCACUAUUGCUUCAAGUUAAAAACAUGUCUGAUGCCGAAAGCAAUGCCUAUGAGCUGCAAGUGUUGCAAGGUACGAUGGAACAAAUUAAAAGGAAGCUUACUCCUGUUAAUCAACAUGUAUUCCAGGCUAACGUAGAAGUGCAUAUGAAACACAUUGAAGUAGGUUUAAAUCAGAUUAAUAUUGACAAAUUACUUUUGGGUACAAAGAUAUAAGUCUAGUUAAUUUUAUUUUAUUGUAUAGAAAAUUAUUUAUUUCAGACUGUAUAAAAAAUUUGAGCAAACGUUUAGUUAUGCGCACUAAUACUCACUAUUGUUCGACAUAAAGACUUUUUAAAAGUAAAUAGUUAAUGACGUUAAAAAUUUCCACAGUGGGCACAAAAUAUUUUAGAUACUUUAUAUUUAAUUUUAUAAAUCUUUAAUAUUACAUAACAAGGGUGGUAACUAGCACAUUGCUUAAAAAUGGUAAUAUUACUGUGUACUACUGUU